AUGGACGCAAUCGGAUCGAAGGAUUUGGCGUUUCGAAAAAUCUGCACAGAGCGUUUCAUUUCGUCGAUAGGCUACAGCUUGUUGCAACAGUAUUUACUUGUGACAUUUUUUCUGCUGGUAGUGAACUUCAGCAUUCUUCAUCCUAUUAACUGGAUCGUUGGAACAAUACGUCUGCUUAUGUCGUUUUAUCCUUGGAUGGUGUCGAUCCCAUUAGCGUUGGCUGUAUCGUUUCAUGGAAUAGUGUUGGCCAAAACGUGUUUACUAGAAACUCGAUACCAUUCUACAUAUUUCCUGCAAUGGUACCGCAAUAUUACUCAGCGCUCAAUAUUGUUGGUUACCAACUGUACAGUUGGCUUCUUGAUGGUGUGGAUGUAUACACGAUUUCUACGGGACGAGCAUCGGUUGCUAUUUUUGUCAAAUAGUGAACAUGUUGAUAUUGCGGUUCUAAACGAGCGGUUCAUUUACCUUAUCAUGAGCGGAGUGUUUGGUGGAUGUUAUUUUUUCGUCAGAGGACAUUCGAACCUCGGGGCGGUUGAUUUUCCAAUCAUGCUUCUACCGAAGGGGACUCAAUAUUGGAACAAGCUAAUAAGCACAUUCACAGAGUCGAUGAGAAAGACUAUUGUGGCACUGUUGAUAUAUACGAGUUGUUACUACACAUUUUCUAUGCUUUUUCGUUCGAAGAUAGCGUCACUUGCUGGUGGAGUUCAGCUACAGGAUGUUUCUGUCGUCUACAGCUUCUGUAGCAUAUUGAUGGAUGUUCGUCUGAUGAUUUACACGUGGCUGUUUCUAGUGUUGAUUCUUAGUAACAUGAAUCUAAUGAAUGCUUUGUUCCGUAUUUUUCUCAACGAGCCACAAAUGUUCAGUAUCGAAACAAGCAUAUUCCAUUCUAAUGUGGAACCUAUGCUAGCAGACGCAUUGGGUUAUAAACAAAUUCCUAUCAUACAGCAACUCGCGGCCGAAGAUUUGUUCACCGUUUCGGAUACGCUGUGUUCCGGUCGGCGAAAAGAAUUGUUCGCUUUAACUGUUCCUGGAGGACAUCCUAACAACUGGCGAAAAGUGUACGACGUAUGCAAGCAGUUAAUUCAAGAUUUUACGCAUGAGCUGGACCAGUCGAUUAGCAGCAUUGAACCUAAGCCCGCGCCACCGAUGAUGUUGAUGGGAGGGGUGCUUCGUCCAACAUCCUCAAUGGAUAGAGAGCGUUUCCUUAUGAAACAGUACAAUGAAAACUUUGGUAUAAGAAGUUUAUCAACCCCAUCGGUAGUAGCAUCGAACGGAAGCGGAGAAUAUUCUUCUAAACCCACAUCGGAUGAAAAAUCAGACAGCAGAUUAUACUCACUAGUUGUAGCUAGUUUGAAACGCAUACCAGGGUUCGACUACUUUUUUGUAGAAUCGAAAUCAGCUAAAAGCUAUUAUUUGCUCUCUGUACAGGCACAGUUGAUAAUGAAGGUAUCUCAAAGCUUGGUUGCAAUUGCCAGUCGUUCCCUGGAUGAGGAUUCGUAUGGAGUUAUGCAGAAUGAUCUACCGUGCUUGAUUCACACGUUGCUAGAAUUAAAAAAAGUAAUUGAUAAAAUAGGAUCGAUUGAUCUGGACGUGAGAAAAGUAGACCGAAAUUAUAUCGCAUUAAAAGGAACCAUUAAGAGAAGCCUCUACAGAAUUACCACGGCAUUUGGACCGUACAUAAAACAUCUUGUAAUCGAUCCAGAAGACAUGAAGGCAUUACAAAGCUUUAUCAGCUUUCGCGAAGUGUAA